AGUGCAAAUAUACUAUUUUACGGUAAACAAACCUCAGUCUGUUCGUUUGUUAGAUUGUUGAAGUGUUAGUAUUGUUAGUAGCCAAGUAGUAUUCCUCUCCUCGAGCGGUCAUCUUGACUUGGAAAUGGAAUUGUGUAAUUAGUGCUUGAUAACCUGAUAACCCAAUAAUACCUACUAUUCGUUGAAUAUUUAGGUAAUAGUGCAAGUGAAAGAUAUACCUAGGUAGGACUAAAGUUUCCACAUCAGGAUCACCUUGGAAUUUUCGACGUUGGCUAUGAAUACAAUGGCUUCGAAAGGCCAGCCUCCCGGCGCCGCGACCUCGCCUAACUCGCUCCGCUAUGACGCUGCCCGUCCAGCCGGCAUGCGGCGAUAAACCAACAGCGCCCGUCCGCAGUCGCGACAGCAGCGCGGGCCGGCGCAGGCCGGCCUGUUGGAGCGCCGCGUGGGCCGACCCGCCCUCUGGUCGCCGGGAACGCCGCAGGGCGGUGUGCUCGUGGUCGGCGGGGUACGGGACGCUGACGGAGCGGGACGAGGUGCAGCCGGCUGCCCUGCACCGGUACCACGAGCAGCGGGGUGCGGGGUUCCAGGAUAGAGGAAAAGUGGCCGACCCGCCCCUUUCUACGCUCCGCCCCAAAGUCGAGUCGCUGUUCGCCAUGCCGGGCAUCAAGUCGAUGCUGGGCGGCAGGAGGCGGCCCGCCGAUCCGGGGGCCGACCCCGACCACGCCCACUCGCCGCUCGUGGCUAAAAGGGGCGGAGCGACGCCCGAGAUAGUCCCGCCCACUGUCACGCCCGAGAUAGUCCUGCCCACUGUCAGGCCGGCCUCGAGCUUGGCGAGUCUGCGCAAGUGCGAGACGGUGGUGGCGUUGACAGGGUACCUCAGAUCUUCUUCUUCGUCGGGCAGCAUCGAACCCCUCCGGCCGAUCAACAGGUUGCGCGCAUCGCCGCACGCCUCGCACUCGCGCAUGUGCAGUCGCUGCUCCAGCCUGCUCACGCUCGCAUCGACCAGUCGCUACUCGCUCAACUCGACGACGGGCGGCUUCGUGCCGGCGGCCUCGACCGCCCUGCUGUCGCCGCCCCGGCUGCAGGCGCCGCCCCAGCUGCUGGGGUCGCCGCCCGUGCUGUGCAAGCUGUGUCUGGCGGAUGCGCCGUACGGGGCAGUGAUGCGCAUCGAGGAGUGCGGUUGUGCCUUUUGCGUAGAGUGUAUGAAGGCCUAUGUGGAAUUUGAAAUAGGCGAAGGGUCAUAUGAUAUUUCAUGCCCUGAUGCCCAUUGUCCAUCUCAGGGAGUUUUACGACAAGAAGAGAUCAAAAGACUGGCUGGAAGUGAUUUAUUAGAGAAACAUAAUAUGUACCGCCUAAAUAGAGAAGUAGACCUGGACAAGACGCGCACCUGGUGCCCCCGCGCGGGCUGCGAGACCGUCUGCUCAUUGUGCCCCCAACAAAAGUGCGCCCCGCAAAGCGUGUACUGCCCCACGUGCGCCCACUCCUUCUGCAGCAACUGCAAGCGCGAGUGGCACGCGGGCGGGCCGUGCGAGGAGCGGGCAGGCAGCGAGGGCGGCAUCCCGUUCGACUCGGAGGCGAUCAAGUGCUGCCCGAUGUGCAGCGUGCCCAUCGAGAAGGACGAGGGGUGCGCGCAGAUGAUGUGCAAGCGGUGCAAGCACGUGUUCUGCUGGUACUGUCUCGCCAGUUUGGAUGACGACUUUUUGCUGCGCCACUACGACAAGGGCCCCUGCAAGAACAAACUGGGCCAUUCGCGCGCCUCCGUCAUCUGGCAUCGCACCCAGGUGAUCGGCAUCUUCGCCGGCUUCGGGAUUCUUCUUCUCGUCGCUUCGCCCCUUCUGCUGUUGGUCGCGCCGUGCAUAGUGUGUUGCAAGUGCCGAAUGUGUAGCGCGGCGAACGCUAACAAGCUGGACAACGAGGACGCUGUGGAUGAGUCGUGAUGCGCCCUUCAGUAGGGUGAUUUUUGGCACGAGUUCGUUUUGCCCAAACAUGCGUAUAGGCGAUUCCUAGAGACCAAUCGGAGCGAUUCCUAGAGACCAAUCGGAGCGAUUCGGGCUAUGGCGGUGAAUUCACAUCACCGAUGUUGGCAGUUAAUUCGAAUAACGAACAGUUUCACAUCAAAGGAAACAUAAUGUAUUUGUGUCAUGGUUAGUUGGUGGUUGAAUCAUCU